CGUGGUGAUCGCCAGCCAGCAUAUCUUCUCCUCUGGUCUUCUGAGUCCUUUAACUGGCUUCAUUCUUACCAGCAUCGCCUGCGUGCUGCGUGGUUAAUCAUCCAUCAUCUUCUCUUGGCCUCAUAACGGUCUAGGAGCGGAACUUUGCUCUUCCGCGACCGUUGUUUUAUCGCCGAAGAUGUUGAAACCGUUCCAAAUCAGAGAUCUUCAUGGAUCUCCAUCACAUACACCUGCAGAGGGGCCCUUGGCAUCCACUCAACCCUUGACGAGGGAGCCAUCGUCACCUAGAGCUCGUCGGGGAAUCGUACAGUUGUCUGCUCCCCAGUAUGAUGACCUUGCAUCGAAUCACCCGCGGGCACGGCUGACUUAUGUUGAUGAUGACGAUGGGGAGAUCAUCACUGUUGGAUCGUCUCUCGAACUCUCUCAGCGUCUCGAUGAGCCCAUAGACCCUGCAACUGCACCCGACCCGAUGCCGCAGGCAGCUAUCUCCGAACCGAUGCACCUCUUCGAUAUUCGACGCUCGAACUCAAUAACCGAGUUGUGGAAGAAAUUCCAGAUAAAGCAAGAAGGCAAGGAUGCGGAUACCCGGGCUGGAUCACCUACUGUGGACGCCCCGGCUGCUAGCGCUUCAGCAGAAGUAGGGUCAGGGACCGAGCAAGAGAACGUUGAGGCUACGAGGAACGACGACACAGCGCCACUCAUGGCCGCCUUUGAGGCUGAGAUGGCCAAGAUUCUGGAUGCUUCCAGGAAUAUACAAGAAAAUAGCACUUCUGAAGAGCCUUCAGCUCCCGCUCAGGAGCCAGCGGGAACCGCAAGGGGCAGGACUCCAAAUCCCGCGGAUGCAUUCACUCUUGCGAUGCAGAACCUGCUUAGCGGAGCCGAGUUGCUCAGUUCUGGGGUGAGAUCAAGUAUACCCGAGAUUGAACGGCAACUGGAGAACGCCCAGAGGGCCCUUCCUGGAAAUGUCGGGUCCUCGGUACAAGGUGCUCUUGCGAGUUUGGAAGCCCAGUUGAGACAGCUUACCGGCUCUAUCAACAACACGGUUGGUGGUGUGUCGACAGGAAACAUUCUCCAAGGUGAAAUCCCCACAGCCACUGGCACCGUAGACAGUCUGCGUGCAAUGGCGUCGGAACUUGGAAAUGUAGGGCAUACCUUGUUCGAAGCGUUCGAGUCGGAGUUUGGGUGCACUCGAACCGGCGGCCAACCACAAUCUUCCUCCGAACAAAGUCCAGAUGGCCUCCGUCCCGACCAUGCUGAACCUCCCAGACCGUCUGAUGCCACUGCAGUUAAUAGUGUGGUUCCCGACGAGGUAGAUCAGUCAACCCAGGAUCGGGAUCUUGGAAGCCACGAGACCCAAUCCGGAGAGAAAGAGCUAGGGUCGGAAUCAGACUCCAAAAAUGGCACCAAGAAAGCUGCAGAGGCGGACGGUCCGGCUCGGCCAGGCGGCCCUAACCAGGCGCAGCCAGAUGCAUCUUCAUACGUGCCUCAUGCCCCUCGUGGACGUCAUGGCCCUUUUCCUUUCACACCCUACUUUCAACCACCACCCCCUCCUCCACCGCAUCCUCAUCCCCAUCACCAUUAUCCGCCUCCGCCUCCACCACCUCCUCACCAUCCUCCUUUCUUUGGUCCCCCUCCUCAUCACUUCCACCAGCCCUUCCCAGUUCCACCUCCGCCGCCUUUCUGGCCGACACCCGAAAGUUUGAGUCAUCCUCACUUCCCUGCUGGGCCUCAGGUUCAUCAUCCACAACCCACGAGUACCCAUGCACAUCCCUCCCAACAUGCGGCCCGACAUUAUCACCAAUGUCGUCGUAGCCGUGGUCCCACUAGCCAUCAACAUGUUCAUGAACAAGGCCGUGGUGGAACCAAUGAUGUGCCAUCAUCUGGCCGAGAUGCCACACCGACAGUAACACAAAGCCCCACUAACACAUCAUUGUUCGUCGGAAAUGUGGGCUUCGAUGUUAGCGAGAAGAUGAUCCGCGACGUUUUCGCCUCCAGGGGUUUUCUAGUAGAUGUACAUUUGCCUCUUGAUGUCGGGACCGAAAAGCACGCUGGAUUUGGCUACUUGUUCUUCCCAUCUGUCCCUGCGGCAAAGGCGGCCCUGGAGGCCUUGCAGGGUACGCAUAUUGAUGGCCACGCAAUUAACCUGGAGUUCAGUGACCAGACCCCGGUCAUUAAACUGCACCCUGAGGAACCUUCUCCUCAAGCAACAUCAGACAGUCCCAUGCCUGUUGUUAGUGAUCGGAAGUCCAAUCCAUAUGAACUUCAAGGGUCUACAGCUACACCCGCCAAGUUGGAGAAGGCUUCACUUGGUAGCCAAGAUGGAUCCAAAUCGCCCAGCGGUAAACGUGCCGCCCCUUUGACCGUGGCGGACUUGUGUUCCAAUGAUAAUCGCAAUCCGGGCAACGCAGCGUCUGCCAAUAGUCUGGAAGACUCAUCGUUGGGGGAUUCCACGCGGCUGAAUUCACUCUACCCGUCCCUCUUGCCUGAAGGUGUCCCGAAGUCGGGACCUUCUGAGCCUGUUAGUCCUGCGUUUGAUCGGAUCCCCGAACUUACGCGUGAAUUGGAAGAGUGCCGCUUCCCCCCAGUCUCACAGCUCGAAGCGCACUUUUUGGCCGAGCAGCAGAAGGAAGCGGCUUCAUCCAACAUACAGACGAGGUCUGUCGGUAAAGCACCAGAAGAUAAGAAUCUGAACGGCAAUGCGGCGCUGCAGGGGCUUCCCGGCGCAUUUCCGCAGGAGGUCCGUGGGGACUCGUCGACACGACCUGGACAGUUCUCAGGAACCCGUAAUCUGCACGGUGCACAUGACAAUGGGGAAUCAUCUUUUGGCCCUCGCCGCCAUGUUAGACGUUGGAAGAGCCAGCGACCCCGCUCUGCUUGGCAAGAUGAUUUCUUGGGGUGGGACGCCCCUCGCGGCAUGUUUGGCGGGAGACCGGAAGGUCGUCAUCGUCACCGCGGUGGACGUCGCAACAGUUUUGAAAGCCCUUCAUCCGAGACUCAAGUAGCGAAUCCCGAUGUCAGACAACGCGAAAUUGAUGACUGCGUCUCUACCUUGGUGAGCUUGGGAUAUGGAGGAGCCAGCGACGGUGGCCAUCAACGAAUAGCGAUUUAUGCUGCGGCUGCGGACGGCAGGGUAUCGGAUGCGAUUGAGAUGAUCGAGGAAGAACGCAAGGCAUACGAACAACAAGGAUCGACGAUGUGAUGACCAACGUGGUAAUAGUACUCUUUUUUCUUACAAUUUGAUAUGGCCCAGACUCGUUGUGAUCCCAAGUAGCUGUGGACUUCGCGGUCUGUUUUGAGACUGAUAUUGCUGGAACGCGUGUGCUUUGGGCGGAAUACUCUACAUAUUCCCUACUCCAUCACUAAAUGAGAAAAGUGAGAAUAUCUAUUCGUAUAUUGCUUUACGUAGAG